GUAGGUUCUUGUGGUUGCCAUGGUGAUGCCUGUAAACAAAUUUGGAUCAUCACAGGUCACUUGUGACCAGUAACCAGUAAGUGCUGUCUGAUACUGGACACACUUGUGACUCAGGUCAGCUGAUCAGACAAGGACAACCAAUUCUCUUGCUCAAUUGUACUGUAGAUUGCUGAUACUCUCCCUCUGACCAUGGCAGAAAAUUUCCAAUGUGCACCUUUCUUUGGGACAGAAUGUGCUCUGCAGCCCCCUGUGCCUGUGCUGAGGAAUGCCAUGCCCUUAGUAGGAAGUUUGUGCAACUUCUCCAGGGUCUCCACCCCAGCUCUGAGUUCAGCAUGGCUCCUGCCAUCAGACUCCAGCACUUGUUCCCAGCAGCUCAUGGACAGUGCCUACUCUUACUUACCAGCCUGCACAACCAUGGUGACUGCGCUGACUGACCAGGGCCAGAGUUCUGCCUCAGCACUCUCCUAUCCAGGUGUUCUCCAGUGGGAUCCCAUGGGAAGCACUGACAGGAGGGGAGCUGCACUCCAGGACUUCACUGUAACUGUCAUUGACCAGAAUACCACAUUCUCCUCCUUGUCUAUGACAGCCCAGGGUGAUAAUAUUUUAGAUCCCAUUGCCUUAUACCUUUCUUAUCCAACACUGUCUGUCAGCCUUGUUUAGGCCACACCACCACAGGUGUCAAAUCAAGGAUACAGCCUGGCUCCUUCCUACCGGGAGGGCAGCCAGGUCUAUUACAAUGACGUCAAUACUC